AUGCCUCAGCCGCCCACCUUCCUCCUGCUUCUCCUCCUUUCCACCGGCAGUGCCCUGGCCCUGAGGCUCUGCUCCUUUAAUGUGAGGUCCUUUGGGGAAGCCAAGAAGGAAAACAAGAAUGCCAUGGAUGUCAUCGUGAAGGUCAUCAAACGCUGUGAUAUCAUACUCCUGAUGGAAAUCAAGGACAGCAACAACAUUAUCUGUCCCAUGCUGAUGGACAGACUAAAUGGAAAUUCAAGAAAUUCAAGAAAUUCAAGAAAAGGCACAAUGUACAACUAUGUGAUUAGCUCUCGCCUUGGAAGAAACACAUAUAAAGAGCAGUAUGCCUUUCUCUACAAGGAAAAGCUACUGUCUGUGAAGAAACGCUACCUCUACCAUGACUAUCAGGCUGGAGACACAGAUGUAUUUUCCAGGGAACCCUUUGUGGUCUGGUUCCAGUCACCCUACACCGUUGUCAAGGACUUCGUGAUUGUCCCCCUGCACACCACCCCUGAGACCUCCGUUAAAGAGAUUGAUGAGCUGGCUGAUGUCUACACGGAUAUGAAACAUCGCUGGAAGGCGGAGAAUUUCAUUUUCAUGGGUGACUUCAAUGCCGGCUGUAGCUAUGUGCCCAAGAAGGCCUGGAAAAACAUCCGCUUGAGGACUGACCCCGGGUUUGUUUGGCUGAUAGGGGACCAAGAGGACACCACAGUCAAGGAGAGCACCAACUGUGCAUAUGACAGGAUCGUGCUUCGAGGACAAGAGAUCAUCAACUUUGUUGUUCACAGAUCAAACAGAACCUUUGACUUCCAGAAAGCUUAUGGGUUGACCAAAGAGGAGGCCUUGGAUGUCAGUGACCACUUUCCAGUUGAAUUUAAACUACAAUCUUCAAGGGUCUUCGCCACCAACAAAAAAUCUAUCUCUCCAAGGAAGAAAAAGACCCGUCGCUCCUAG